GUGGCUUUCGUGCUUCUGAACAAUGGCCCCAAGUUCCCUGGCAGAAGCUGCAGAGACUGGUGCCAGGACCGGGGCGCCGAGUGCGUGGACGUACGCGACGAUCUUGGCACUGGGAGGUUCCCGGACGAGAAGAACACUUGCGGGCUCAGCGCUGCUGAUGAUCCAAAGAAUUUCAACAGCGACGGUACCCCGAAGACUUGCGACAGCAUUGGGCGGGACACCCACUGCGUCUGCAAGAAGCCGGACAACACUGCGCCGGGCGAGCCCGUGGAGAGGACCUGUAGGGAUGCCCGGGACGCCGCUGGCUUCAACUUCUCGUACCUGGACGCCGCGGACACCUGCCGAGAGGAGGCCAUGUGGUUCAAUCGUGUGACCUACCCGCCGAACGGCGUGCGGCCCACCCUCGAGCAGCGACUGCUUGUCUACUGCGUCCAGGAUGUGUGCGCCUCAGACCCCGAGGACAGGCCGGAGGUUGCCCGCAGCUACGGUGACCGGGACCCGGAUCUCGACAACAAGCCGAGCCAGUGCAACGGCCCCCUGCUCUGCAAUGUGAUUUGCUCCGGGCACCUCAUCCAAGACUGGGGUGAAUGCGUGAACCGCUGUGAGGGACACCGAUCCAAGCUGCUCCACGCCGUGACGCAUUACUGCAGGGCUGGUGUUUGCCCCUCGCUCCUGGAAGAGGCGGAAACCAUUGGUCUGCUCCAACAUCGUGGCAACCGCUCUUUGGACACAGACUCCCGCAGGUCCUACUCAAGCAGAUCCCGUAGGUCCUGGUCAAGCCGAUCGCGGAGAUCCCGUAGAGGUGGCGGCGAUGACGAUGAUGGCGGCCGCCGCCGCAAGGGUGGGGAUGAUGACGAUGGCAGUCGGCGUCGUAAGGGAGGAGGUGAUGAUGAUGACGGUGGCCGCCGUCGCAAGGGCGGUGAUGAUGACGACGGUAGCAGGCGUCGCAAGGGUGGAGGAGAUGAUGACGACGGUGGCCGCCGUCGCAAGGGGGGCGAUGAUGAUGACGAUGGCAGUAGGCGUCGAAAAGGUGGAGGUGACGAUGACAAGUGCGUGGAUCAGAGCUCCAUGUGUCACAAACUCUGCGAUGGUAUGCAGCUGGAGGGUGAAGAGCUCAAGUGGUGCAAGCACAGGUGCGCCGCGAAGUUUGACAUCAGGCUGAAGCCCGACUUGGAUCACUAUUGCCAGGUGUGCAGAAACUACUGCAAGCACCCGCCAGCGACUACGACCACCACGACCACCACCACCACCUUGAAUCCUCAGUGCCCCUUCGUGACAACCACCACCAGUCAUCCUCCCUACCCCUACCCGACAACAACCAGGCACCCCAAGGGGGAUGAUGAUGAUGGCAGCCGAAGGCGACGCAAGGGCGGAGAUGAUGAUGACGAUGGAAGCCGACGUCGCAAGGAUGAUGAUGGCCGACGUCGCAAGGAUGACGACAAAUCCAGCAGGAGGCGCAAGGACGAUGAUGGCAAGGACGAUGAUAGCCGACGUCGCAAGGAUGACGACAAAUGGGGCAGGAG